ACUUCAAAAUAACAGGAACAGGAAGUGCAUCACUCAGCGCGCAUGCGCAUUACUGCAGCGACGGCGGCAAGCGUGAUCUGGACGUUGGGAGCUGCAGUGUGAGGAGUGUGAUCUGCCAUCAUGGAUUUCCAGCACAGAGCUGGAGGGAAAACGGGCAGCGGUGGCGUCGCCUCCGCGUCCGAAAGCAACCGGGACCGGCGCGAGCGACUGCGGCAGCUGGCCCUUGAAACCAUAGACAUCAAUAAAGAUCCAUACUUCAUGAAAAACCACUUGGGCUCUUAUGAGUGUAAACUGUGUCUCACGCUGCACAAUAAUGAGGGAAGUUAUCUCGCUCACACACAGGGUAAAAAGCAUCAGACUAACUUAGCAAGACGAGCUGCAAAAGAGGCAAAGGAAGCGCCAGCUCAACCUGCUCCAGAGAAAGUCAAAGUUGAAGUGAAGAAGUUUGUCAAGAUCGGCAGACCGGGUUAUAAAGUAACAAAACAAAGGGAUCCAGAGAUUGGACAACAAAGUCUGCUUUUCCAGAUUGAUUACCCAGAGAUAGCAGAAGGCAUCGGGCCGAGGCAUCGCUUCAUGUCAGCGUAUGAGCAGAGAAUCGAACCUCCAGAUCGUCGCUGGCAGUAUUUGCUGUUCGCAGCUGAGCCGUAUGAAACCAUCGCAUUCAAGGUCCCAAGUCGAGAGAUCGACAAAGCAGAGACUCGUUUUUGGACGCACUGGAACAGGGAAACGAAACAAUUUUUUCUGCAGUUUCACUUUAAGAUGGAGAAAGCUCUGCCCGCUCCACCGGGACAGGUGGCGUCGGUCGGCGUGAAGCGUCCGCCUUCGCUCAUCACCGGCCUGCAUGCGCCCACUGACUCCAUGCCGCCCCCGCCGCCUGGAGGAAUACACGGAAUGCCCCCCGGAGCCCCCGUCCCACCACAGAUGCCCCCACAAAUGCCCCCUCCAGGUGCCCUGCCUCCUCACCUGAGGCCGCCGCUCCCCACCGACAUGUAGCCUGAAUGAUUUCUGGGUUACACUUUAUUUGAAGCCUUUAUAUAUAAUGCAUUAAUUAAUGCAACUUAUAAUGCAUUAUAUGAUCUCAUGAAUAAUCGUAACCACCGUUAUAAUAUUAUAAAUCUAUUCAUUGUAGCAACUUUAGAAAGUAUAAUGGAUAAACAAACAAACCUUCAAAUAUUAUUAAAAUAUGCAUUUCAUUUUUGGUUACAGUUAUUUAUGAAAAGAUGUAAUGCAUUACAACGUGCAUUAUGAAUGCUUUUAUAAUGCAUUAUACAUAAAGGCUUUGGGUGUUAACAGUUUAUCUUUCUAGACAUAAAUUUGUCAUUUUUUGUUUUUCCCCUUUACUUUCGUGUACACAACCCUCUAAAUAUUUAGUGAUUUGACAGCUGUAAAUUUAUACUGAUGUUUAGAGACUGGAUUUGACUCUGUAGGCCACAGUAGCCCUACCAAACAAUGUCCAAAUGUUAUUUUUAUGCUUUUUUUUAUUAUUAAAAAAACUUGACAUG